AUGGCGGAAAGGGAGAGUGCACAUGGAAGUGGAAACCAAACGAAAGACAGAAAAAGAAAGCAUAAUUUUUCAGUUUAUGAGAUUGAAGUCAUCACCGAUAAUGUCAAAAAAAAUCUCGAUUUAAUCCAAUCCAAAUUAACGAAUGCUGUGACCAACAAAAAGAAACAAAUGCUAUGGGAAGAAAUAACCCAAGCGGUAAAUGCGGUCGGAACAGCCAAGCGAACAGUCACGGAGGUAAAAGACAAGUGGAAAAAUCUCCAUAGCAUCGCCAAGAAAGAAUUUGCAGAAUUCAAGAGGGAGACCAAGAUAACUGGAGGUGGUCGGGCUCCAAAGUCGCCGAGUGCUGCCAGCAAAGAGAUUAUUGAGGUGCUUGAGGACACGCCGGCGUUCAGCGGUUUGAUUGGCUUUGAGACAGGAGAAGAUGCUCAUUUACCAGCAGAGUCUGCGAAGACUGUGUUUGAAGAAGACUGUCUGAGCCUUAAUGAAGACAUGCAUUCUUCACCAGCCAAGGCUGAUGAACAGAGGAAGCCUUCAAAAAGGAUAAGUAAUGGCGAUGUUUUAAAAAUGCAGUACGAAUGCCUGUGUACUCAGAAGGAAAUGUUGAAUCUUAAAAAACAAAAAUUGAAAAUGCAAAUUCAUCUUCUGGAGCAACAGGUCAAUGCAAACCAAACCUUCGCAACUGCAUUAAAUGCAAAUUUUGUAGUUCCCACCACCGAUUCAUUUUAA